AUGUAUUGGGUUUCUCAAAAUCCCCCACCAGCACAUCUUUUCUUAAUUUCUGGUGACAGGGAUUUUGCUACCAUUUUGCACAGGUUAAGAUUGAACAACUACAAUAUAUUGCUAGCAAGUCCAGAAAAUGCUCCUGGUGUCCUCUGUAGUGCUGCAAGUAUCAUGUGGCCAUGGCAUGCUUUGCUUACAGGUGAAAACCUCAGUGGAAAGUAUUUUAACCAACCACCUGAUGGUCCCUAUGGUUCUUGGUAUGGCCAUUACAAGGUGCCUCUUGAAGACCCAUACUCAGUCAUUGAGCAGCCAGCAUGUUCACAGACUGAGAAGUUGUCUGAACCUGGUUCAGAAUCUAAGCCUCGUCCGAUUCCAAAUACGGUCAUGAAGCAAAUUAGUCAGAUAUUGAACUCACAUCCUAAAGGAAUCUCCAUUACAAACCUUCGCAUGGAGCUUGGAAAAUGUAAUAUGAGUUUAGAUAGAGACUUCUAUGGGUAUAAAAAGUUUUCCCACUUUCUUUUAUCAAUGCCACAUAUUUUAAAGCUCCAAUCAGUAGGUGAUGGAAACUUUCUUGUACAUGGUGGAAGCACAAAAUCAUCUGAACCAUGUCAGUCCAAUGUAGGUAUGUCCACAGAGUCCAGUGGUGAUAAUGGAGGCUGGGAUCUCAGUUUAGCUUCACAGUUAGAUUAUGAAGACAAAUCUAUUAAUAUAAGUACAAAUGGAAAGUUGUCAUCACCUACAUCCCAUGAACCAAAUGUGGGAGACCCUAUAGAAUUGCAAUCGCCCUUUUCCCCUAAGUCAGAUGGGAAGUCACUAUUGGCUCCUUCCCCUGAGAAUGUGAAGUCUUCAGCAAAACCACAUCUUUCUCCGCUUGAUGAGAAGUCACUGUCCACUCCUUCCCCUGAUAAUGUGAAGGCUUCAGUGCCCAUUGAUGAGAAGUUUGUCGAAGUGGCUAAAAAUUUAGAUACUGAGCCUCAUUUUCCUCCGGCGGUUGCACAAGAUUCUGCAUCUGAGGUGGGUUAUUUUAACAGGAUUUGGAGAAAAUGGUUUGGCUGUAGUGAUAAUGUUUCAGGGACUAGAAGUCAUGACAGUCCGGAAAAACAUUACACUUCUGAUAAUGUCACUGAGAAGGAAGACGAUGACACCCCAGUGAAACAGUGUACUUCUGUUGGUAACUCUAGACAAAGAAAAGAUAAGGAAAAGUCUGUGGGAUCAACGAGUCAGGUUGUUGAUCAAGCACCUCCUACUUCAUCUUCUUCAUCCUAUAAUGAAUCAGAUAAGGACAACAAAACUGCGACAAGAACAAGUCGAGGGAUUUUUGGUCAGAUAACCAACCCUGAUGAACACUCACUCUCAAGAACACAUGCUCUUUUCGACGGAUUCAUUUUGGGGCGACAUGGAAUCAUUCAUGGACACACCUAA